AUGGCUGCCAUCAUUUCAUUCGAAUACCCUUUAAUUAUUACCAUCUGGCUCGUUGCUCAAAUUUUCGUCACUACAUGGGACUAUACCUUUGUGUUGUUACGUCCAAGAACCAUGAAGGGAGGUGAUUUGUUUGCAUUUUGGGCUCCAUAUGAUCUCUAUAUUCAAGUAGACAAAUCCUAUGGUCAACUCGAUAAUGGUUUUGUGGUCGCUCAAUCCAUCAUGAACAUUAUUGAAAUUGCAAUGGUCAUUCUUGGUCUAAUUCGAAGAAAGUCUUUCGAUGGAUUUUUAUUGAUUUUGAGUGCUUCAUUGAUGAGUUUUUCCAAAACUGUUCUCUACAUGUUGGUGGAUAUUUGUGGAGGCUUUGAAUUUACAGCUCAUAACGAUUGGCCUACCUUUAUUACCUUGUAUUUCCUUCCUUCGUUUGUGUGGAUUGUUUUUCCUGCCAUUGUGCUGAUUUGGGGUUAUGGAGUUUUGAAAGGAAUUUAUCAAGCUGCAACUAUGCAACACAAAACCAAGUAA